UUUCCAAUUUCUGAAACGUAAAAAUAGCUGACAGCCAAAAAACUAUUGUAAAAAGAAGAAAAUAUAUAAUACCAAUACAACUUACAAUUAUCCUAAAUAAAAGUUACAGUAGAACCUGAGAAAAACCGAUAAACGGAAUUUACCUAAAUUACACUUCCCUAUCAUCUUGAAAAACUGUAAGUAGUACUAUGGUUGUCCUCCGCAACCUACAUUUUCAUUCACUGCCGCUUUCCUGAAAACCUGUUUACCGCUUUACGAUUGGCCAAUAACUCGACAGCUAUGAUUUCGGCCAAUGAGCGCGAGCCAUGGCCGAUCAAUGUCGGAGCGUAACCACAGAGAACAGAGUUGUUGUAGAUUUUCCUGAUGUCAUACGUCUAGCGAAUGUUGUGUGCGCGAUCGAUAAUACAAAUUGGUUUUCGAAGUUUGGGGAGGUCAUAUUGUCUUUGAGCUUUUAAUGGACGUUAAGAGUUGGUGUGGAAGGUAUUGAAAGUAAUUAGAAAAGUGCAAUAAUGGAUUCGACCGGUGCAUACGGCGGAGGGAAAGCUGGGGGUGCGUUCGACCCUCAAGCCUUCAUUCAAAGACCUCCUGUAAUCGUCAGGGCGGUUUGUUGGCUCUUCAGCGUGAUCGUAAUGGGCUGCAUAUCAGCCAAGGGCUGGUACAUCAGCAAGAAGGACGGCAAGGAGUACUGCGCCUACAACGACGACACCAACGCGUGCAACUAUGGCGUCGGUAUCUCCGUCAUCGCGUUCAUCGCCUCCAUCGGGUUCAUUGUUGGAGAAUACCUCUUUGAGCAGAUGUCGUCGGUGAAGACGAGGAAACACUAUGUGCUUGCGGAUAUGGGUUUCUCUGCUUUCUGGGCAUUCCUUUACUUCGUUGGCUUCUGCUAUCUGGCUAACGCAUGGGGCAAGACCGACGACCCACCAAUUGGGACUGCCAACAACAUGCAGGGUGCUAUCGCAUUUUGCUUCUUCUCAAUCUUUGCCUGGGUGGGUUGCGCGUUCUUCGCGUUCCAACGCUUCCGUGUCGGCGCGGACUCGGCCUUCGCGCCGGCGUACGAGGUGGAGGGCGCCGUGGGCAGCCCGGGUGGCUUCCCCGCCUACCCCGGCGCUCCAGACCCGCAGCCCGCCUACAGCGAGCCGCCCUUCUCGCAGCGAGACCAAGGAAACAUGGACUACACUGCUCCGACCUACUAAAGCCUGCGGUCCGCUUCUCUUGCACUUCUUAUUUUGCACUCGACGCUGCAGUUAAUACCUCCUUACUUUAUUUUUUCUAAGCUAGAUCAAAGAAAAAGUGAAAAGUACGUAAAAUGUCAUCCAAGUUACAAAAAAUAUCUGCGAAACACACUUCGACCGCGACUCUAUUGUACAGCUAAGCAGCAAAUUUUGAGCCUAACUGUACGACCAUUAAAAUAUCAGGGACUAUUGAGGUUCUAACAAAUAUCUAAACACGAUUCACAGCGCGUGCUUAGAUAUUUUAAAGUACUUUUCCCUAUCUGGGACUUGAAUGAAAAUCUUACAUCUAUUGCGCGUCAAAGAGUAUAUUUAAACAUGUGCGUUACAUUUUGGUGCCCGACUCUGAUUUGAAGUUGGUUACUUAAUGCGGUCGUCCAUACCAUUUUAACACGUCCAUCUUUAUUUUAUUUGAUCUGAUUUUAGUAUAACGUUACUUUGAUGUUCUCGAAUAUUUUCUCCUGAACUUGUAUUAUUAUUAUUUUUUAUUUAUCUUUACAAUUUUAUUUCUAAGAAAUAUAUAGUAUGUAUAUGAACCAUAUAUCGCUUCACAGUACCUGCUUGUAGGUAUGUAUAUGUACGACAAUAUUAACCAAUUAUUUAUGUAUUGUAAAAUACCUUAUAUAUGUAUGUGUAAAUAACAAAACUUACCUAUAUACCUAAAAUCCGUGGCUAGUGAUAUCAUGGAAAAUCCAUGUUAAUUCUUAUGUAAUAUUGUUUUUUUUUCUUAUUAUUAUUUUUUAAUUUUUCUCUUUCCGUCUUUACAACGCAGGGGAUGCUAUUGGCAUUAUUUUCCCGUAACUGUUAUGUUUGACCAAUGUGACAUUUAAAUUAAGAAAUUUUAUUGUGAUACUAUUAUUGUUUAUUAUUUUAUUUUAAUUUUAAUGCACCAUCGUUUACAUCGUGCCAUGUCUAUAAGCUUUAUCAACUAAAAAUGCUACUUUUAUUUUUAGUAAAAACUACAUUUGACUUUUAAUUCGAUUAAAAAUGAGAGGAAAGGACACUCCCGUCAACGAAAUUUUAUUGAACACUUCUGAAGUGUAUUUUUAGAUCUGAAUAGGAAUAAAUGCAAAAAUAAGUAUCAAGUGCAUUUUUAUAACUAAUAAAAUAAUCAAGCUUGCAAACUUAUUAACAAAGAUAUGCUAAACUAGGAAAUGUUACGAGUAUAAUGGCAUAUCGAAGUAUACAUUUUAUUUAAUCAUACAUUUUAACUAUAUAUUAGGUUAUUUGCAUAUAUAAUUCAAAAUAUACAAUCGCAUUAUAUUUUAAAUAAUUGGCAACAUAUUGCUUGUGUCAUGUCAUGAUGUUUUGAAAUUAAAUUAAAUUUAUUAAAACGAGUCACAUUUUGAUCUUGCAACAGUAUUAUAUACAUAAACAUAUAAAUGUUAAGCGCUUAAUUCAAAUACAUAGUAUUUUUUUAAAGAUGAUAUUUUAGAAUAAUGCUAUCUCAGUAGUGUGGUUAGGCAAUUAUAAAUCAUUAUUCUGGUAUUUAAACGUGUUAAAAAAGAAAAUUAGGUAAUCUAAGGGUAAUGCUAUUCUAUUAUGAAACAUAAUACUUCUUAUUACGUGCAUGUAAGGUAUUCAUUAAACUAUCAAAAAUUAAUGAAACCAAAGACGAGUGAAACUUAUUGGGAACCAAUCCCCAUACAAAGUUAAGUGUCUCCAAAAGUGUCAAUAGAUGGCGUUACUAGUCUUAAAUCGACCGGGAUAUAAACCGUAAUUACCUUUUAUAUUGUUUUUCAGACCAUAUUUGAAUGCAUUAUCAGUAUUACUCGUCUUUGAAAGUAAUUGUGUUACUCUUGAUUCUAAACUGUAGAAAUAGACAAGUAUGGUAUGUGUGUUAGUUCCACUGCCCGCCGCAGCAUACGGCGGCGCUAGUAUCGGAGUAUAUACGGGUUGAAUGUUGUCGCUAUAGAUGCUAUUUCCAAGUGUUUAUGUAAAAACCUUAAAGUCUAGGCGAGCUAAGAUUAAGUACAAAAUGAAUCCAGAAUUUUGAUUAUAACUGCCCUUUGUAGAGGUCGGCUUACGUUUACCAAGGAUCCAUUACAUCAUGAAAAUACCUUACUGUCAAGUUACUUACUACUGGUAACAUAUAUCCCACAAAAAAAUCGAUCAUGUAAAAAUAGUCGGUAUUUGAACUUGGCGAUUUUGGUAAACUGGCAGCGGUUUUGUCACUUCCAUAGCUUGCACUGUUACUUGUAAAAAAGUCUUAGCAAUAAAUUAUUGUCACUAUAGCUUGGGUGUACUCAUCUACAAUGUACGAUGUUGUUGCCUACGCUUCGCUUUCAUGGUACAGUCGGCAUCAAAAUGUGACGGUCAAAGAGGCCAAAUAUAUCGGAACAUAUCCUUAUUUUUAUGGAAACACCCCUUUGUGUUACCAUAUAUUUGACCACUUUGGCCGUCAUUCUAAUUAUAAGUACAGUUGAUGCUGACUGUAUUAGAGUACAUCUAAACUAUGUAUAGAUUUUUAACCAUAUCAGUCAGGUAUGUAAGGGCAUAGGUUAGUUUAGUAAUAAUUCUUAGGCGAAAUAAUGGACUUUAAUGUUGUUUUUUCUCCGUUUUCGACCUUAAUGACCUGGCAAUAAAAACGAAGGUAGUUCUUACCUUUUAUGUUCUAGUGACAUUUGUAAGCAAUGAAUUCUCAUUAGGGGCACAUGCAUUUGAUUUUUUACUUUGUUUUUGUUAUAACAAGACAGAAAUAACGGGUUGGGAGCCAAUACUUACAAAGGGCAUCAAGUCGAGGUUUCAUCAUACUUGAUAGUUAUUUUGUAACACCAUAUCGGAUACGGGUAAAUAAUAAAGAAUAUCCAUGGCUACCAUUAUACAGCUGCGAUUUCUUAAAUAACAUCUGUUAUAAAUGGCGCUAAGUAAGUCCUCUAAGCAGUCUGUAAUAUUUACUCGUCUCCGACUUUAUCUAUGAGUAGAAUUAAAAUAAUGCCCUUUUAAUACAUGAUUGAUAGUCGUUAUAGUAUUUGCUUAAUUGUAACAAAUUCUUCUGAAACUAUAACGACGAUUUAGACAGUACAUGUAACCUAGCUGUAGAUAUGUAACACAUGUUGGUUAGAAUCUGUUCUGACGAUAAUAAAAAAACUAUUAAACAAAUGGAAUAAACCAAAAAAAAUAUUGUAAUAAGUGUUGAAUAUUAACGCAAAAUCGUUCAGUGUUUGGUGAGUACUUAAUGUUAAGAUAGAUAUGUAUAAAGGUUCGUUUACACUUAUCUUGUUAUUUUGUCUAAAACCAAAGCAAUUUAAUCGAUACCAAAGGUUGCCGAACUGAACUGAGAAAUGAUUGUUAAAAAACCGAUCCUUAUAUAAAAGCUCUUAAAGAUCAAACUUGAAUAAUAGCAUAGAA